AUGGCCUACGUGCUUCGAUUUCUAAAUAAUAUUCGGCAGAAUCACCGAAAACUGUCCGGGCCUUUAGCGCAGCAGGAACUUCAAGCCGCGCGAGAAGCCAUCCUAAAACAAGUACAGUUCGAAACGUAUAAAGAUGAGGUAAUAACGUUGCGGAAUAACAGAAGUCUACCUAUAGAUCAAAGAAAGUCGCUAGAGAAGGAGAGCGUACUGUACCAAUUCAUGCCGAUGCUGGACGACAAGGGCUUGUUGAGACGGAGUAGCCGGGCACGAAAGGCGACAUAUUUACCGUUCGAUACACGUUUUCCUAUUUUACUGCCGAGGGAACAUAAGGUGACGACACUCUUAGCUGAUUGGUAUCACUGUUAUUAUCGCCACGCUAACAUGGAAACGGUUUCCAACGAAAUGCGACAGUGUUAUAUGAUCCCAAGACUUCGAACUUUAGUACGGAAGGUGUCACAGGCGUGCCAAUAUUGUAAAAUUCUCAAAGCACAACCGAGAAUCCCCCCGAUGGCUCCGUUACCCUCGGCGCGUUUAGCUAAUCACGUUCGCCCGUUCACCUAUGUAGGAAUAGACUAUUUUGGUCCACUUCUGGUGAAGAUUGGAAGGUCAAGUGUCAAACGAUGGAUUGCUUUAUUCACUUGCCUAACUGUCCGCGCUGUCCACUUGGAGGUCGCUUAUAGCAUGUCUACCGCAUCAUGUAUAUCGUGCAUCAGAAGAUUCGUUUCUCGUCGUGGAUCACCGAUUGAGUUUUUCACAGACAAUGGCACCAAUUUUCAAGGAGCCGAUAGAAUUCUUCGAGAGCAGAUUAACCAAGGACUGUCGGCCACAUUUACAAACACAUCGACCAAAUGGACCUUUAUUCCACCUGGAGCCCCGCACAUGGGUGGAGCGUGGGAGCGUUUAGUACGCUCUGUUAAAGCUGCUAUGGGAGAUGCGUAUGCGGACGGCAAGCUUGACGACGAAGGACUGCUUACUUUGGUAACGGAGGUAGAGUGUUUGGUGAAUACGAGACCCCUGACAUACUUGCCGCUUGACUCAGAGGAAUCGGAAGCGCUUACACCAAAUCAUUUCCUGAUAGGCAGUUCCAGUGGAGUUUAG